CAGAGUAUAGUCCGUUGGUCCCUAGAGACCACUCCACAAUUUUUCUUUUCACGUACUUUCCCAGCAUCCUUUAGAAGCAGCAAUGGCGGACGCUUCUUCACGUGCUAAGUAAUAUUCCAAGGUUAAAAUCCAUUGAAUUCUCCUCUUGAUAAUGAAGGCCAUGUUAGGCGUGGUAAAAUUAUUUCUCUGCUUAGUAUUUCCGGCAUUUGCACUCCAGCAGGAGAUCUUAAACCAAGACUGUCCUUUGUAUGCCGGAACGACCUUUUUCGUCAACACUUCUGGAGUAAACUCUCCUAAUUGUGGGGCUUCAUCGAAGCCCUGUUACAGCACAUCCUACGCCGUCAAUCUAGCGGUUAGAAAGAACGUUAGCUCGCUAACUGUUAAUAUUUCCACGGGAAAAUACGAAGAGUUGGAAAGUAUUAAACUGGACUGUGGAAGAUGGAGCUUACGGAAAGUUACUUUUUGGGGAGAGCGGUUAGUGAACAGAGUAAUAUGGUUUUGUGUGUGUCCAAUGGCUUUUUCACGUGACAACUUAUCAACCGCUUUGUAUUUUGAUUUUCUCCAACUUUGCUUAUAAAAAAUGCUGCAAUCUAUUUUUCACCUUUGGUUUCCUCUAAAAAUUUUUUUGUAACUUUUUUUAAAAUAGGGUUGAUGAACAAUUGGUCGAAGUUGACUAUUCAUUAGACGUGCUGCUCUGUGAAGUGAGCUUGAUUGAUCUUCACUGGCUAAAUAGCAGGCCAGUGAUUCACCAAGCCUCUAUGUCAGAUGUGGCGAUCUGCCAGUGCACUGUAAAAGGAACAAAUAUAAGCAUCACUGGUAGCUCAUCCAACAUUAUUCUUAAGUACAGCAACAUUUCAAGCAGUUCAGGUUACCAUCCAAAAUUACCAUUACUAUCGAUGGCAACUCUUUCAGGAUUUCACAACUUCGUGCAGAUUUUAAAUUGCAACUUUGUGAAGAAUGUUGGGCCUGUCCUCACUGUAGAAAACAUUAAUCAAACAUCUAUUGUUGACUCAUAUUUGGAAGGAAACAAAGUACUGGCAGGUGGUUCCAUUAUUACGGGACAUGUUUCACAUCUUAAACUCUCUGGAACAAAAUUUAUCAGAAAUGUUGGACAUUUGCUGUUUUUAGAUGAUAAUCAUUCUUUGGCCAGUUUAGAGGUGAGUAUAGAAGUCACAGCAAGCUUUUCAAGUUAUUUUAGCUCUGAAUUUGGAGCAGUUAACCCUUCACAACCUAAGAUGGUUCUCCAUACUGUUUUUCUACACAUUUCCUAUGGACUACCUACAAGAAGAAUUUGCCCAAAAAUCAGGAGCAUCUUGAGUUUGUGAUCAUUUCCUUUUUUCUCACAACCUUAAUGUUUGAUUCAGGGGGGGUUAAAGGGAUGAUGAAUCAAAAGAUGUUGACACAUUUCAAUUUGUUUUAUAGUAUGACUAAUAACUUUGUUUUUUUGUUGGUUAUGAGGAAUGUGAUUUCAGCUGUAACAUGGUCAAUAAGAGUUUGUUUUUGUCACCUGUGCUGUUGCAAAACGUUCAUCAAGUGUCCUGUGAUGACUGCACUGUGGAUGCAGACUGCCCAGGUAAUAUGUCUGGUUGAAGUUUCAAAUUCUGAAGUAUUUUUAAGUUUUAGGUUGAAAUUACUUAAUAUAUACCGGUAAGUCAAAUCUGUGAGUUGUGUACUUAAACCCAAUAUGCUAGUGGUUGCUAUAUUGAAUACAUGUAUGUAUAGUAUGGACUAUUCUUGAGUUCAGGAAACCUUCACUUUCUGAUUAAGGUCAGCUGGAUAACUUCUUUCUGUAAUGGAAGGUUUAUCUUGUAUCAUUUUUAUAAACAAGGCUUGCGUUUACUCUUGGCUCCCAGUUCAAAGAUCUCCCUUCUUGCUGUCAUUCACAUUUCCAUUUGAACUGGUUAGGGAAAUUCAGUGAAAUCUCAAGAUUACACCCUCUAGCUUGUAAGUUUAUGUGUUCUCAUCAGCCUGGUCCCAGUUGUUUAAAUGUUGGAUAACACUAUCCUCUGGAUAAAUUGCUAUCUGGUGAAUAGUGCAGUACAUUUUGUAAACAGUUAUCCACUGGAUAGCAAUUUAUCUGUAGGGUUUAAACACAAGUGACAAAGCUUGUUGGGAAUAUGACUAAAGAUAUUUUUUUCUUGUCUUUCAGUCCUCUGUGGACCAGGGGAGUUUCUGUCAAGUAACAUUCUUUGCAGUCCUUGUCCAGUAGGAACUUACAGCUUAGGAACUGCGUCAAACAAAAGCAUGCUACAAUGCACAAGGUAAACUGUAAUAAUAAGGUAAACUGUAUAAUAGGUAGAAGCUGAAGGGAGGUUUCUUGUGAGAUAAAUGAAAAUAGACAGUGGAAGAAAACUCUAAGCAUUCGUUUCACAAUAAAUGAUUUUGAGUAGAUGCAAGUAUUAAGGUGCAUAUGGAUGUAGCCUGACCAGUCCAAAUUUGUUAAUAGAGCCUGGAACUACCAUGCAGGACAUUAGGGGAGAUUUCUUAGAAAGGUGGUUUAUCAGAAAAGAGAGAGGGGCUUGUUGGACAGUGGGCUGUUAUAGAGGGGGCAUGUCUGAGAGGGGGCAAAUCAGAGAGGGGCAUACUUAAGAGGAGGAUUUUCUAACAGAAGGGUGGUGUUUUUUCGACGGUGGGCUUAUCAUUGAGGGAGCCUUGUUAUAAUGGAAGAGGGGAGGGCUUGUGGAGACAAGGGCUUCUUAGGGAGGGGAUCUUUGACAGGAAAGCUCAAGAUGGGGGGCUGAUUUAAGAUGAGGACUUUUAAGAGAGGAGUCUUAUUUAUGAGGGCCAAUGAAUAGAGAGGGGAGCUUAUUACAGAGAUGAGCUCAUUAAAAUGUGAGUGCUCUAUAUGGAUUGUUAACAGACCCUUUGGUGUCUGUUUCCCUUAUUAAUACUCAUCAGAGAAAAUUUCACCAAACACAUUGAAGUACUAAACUUAAUUGCUUGUGAUCUUGCAGCUGUCCAGCUGGAACAUACAGUUCAAAGACAAGAAGCAUGCAGUGCACACGUUGUGCAAAGGGUGCCUUUGCAUCAAAGACAGGGUUUGUAUUAUUAUUAUUAUUAUUAUUUUGAUUUUUGUUAUUAUUUCUUUCUUGUUGUGGUUGAUAAGAUUCUAGUUUUCUAAAAACAGGCACUUGUAAAGAUGUUUCUUCCUUGGUUAUAAACUCAGAGAACUCAACCUCAGUACACUGUGUAGCAUGUGCCAUUAUUGAGUUUUAAGGAUUAAGAUUUGUGUUAGGAAGCAAUGAAAACAUUUCUGCAUGACAUUACUGCAACUGACAGUUUAGUAGACCGUUUCCUAUUCCCGAAAUAGAUUUAGGUCAAGUGCACAUUCCCUCUUGUAAAAUUCCGCUUUAUUUGUAUGAAGAUUAUGGAAUUAUUUCUAAAGAUCUUUAUAGAGGUGUCUUAUGUGCAUGCGUUGAAAUAUGAAAGUUACCUCGUGAUACUUUAACCCUUUAACCCCUAUAAGUGAUUAACAUGUAACUUCUUGCUAUAACAUACACGCAUUGUCCAACCAACAUGUUAUAAGAAUACUCAAAUUUAUCAAGUAGCUGAUUUAACACCAAAUUCUCGUGACUUAUUAACAAGAAAAUGUAUAGCAGUUAGAUGGGAGAAUUAACAAUCAGAUCUUGGGAGUUAAAGGGUCAAGAAUGAAUAGAUAUAUUGACUUGUUUCAGGUCGACAUCGUGCACCAAGUGUAAGAACGAUUUUUUCACCUCAAAACCAGGUCAAUCUUCAUGUUCUUCAGGUAGGAAGUAAUUUGAUUUUAUUAGUUUCUGGUUUUUCUAUUUGGUCUCUCUUGUUUUGUCUCUUAUGGCUAAGUACGACAACAGGGAUAAUUAAAUAUUGUGGCCAAUAACACAAUACAAUGGCCUGAUCAAGGCUCGAACCCAAAUCUCUCUUCCUGGAGUCCUGCUCGCAGACCAUUAGGGCUCUGUGGCCCUCCAUAGUAGAACUCAGAAAGUUUUGUCUUCUUGGUUCACAAAAUUCCUAAUAUUUUUGUUCUUUACUUUUUUUUUUCCUAUCAGCGAGAAUUGGUUUUAUCGUGUUCACAGUGUUCGUGUCUCUUCUAAUUGCCGGGCCCCUGCUGAUUCUGAUCUUGCAAAAGCGUUCACGAGAUGAAAAGUGUUUCUUGUGUAUUCCGCGCUCGCCGUCAAGGCAGAGAUUGCGCGAAGAUAAACAACCUAACAUCUAUGUUGUACAAAAUGAAUAAGACACCGGGGACAUUUAUAAGGUUUUACGUAUUACGCUCGUAAAAUCGUGAAGUAUGCUUCUUUUUUUCGCGUCACCGAGGAGAGCAAGUGCUUCUAUCCUCAAAACUAUUACCUGCUAAAGUAAUCUUUUUUUUUUCGUAAUUAUGUCGGAGCAAAAAGACACUUCUUUGCUUUCCGCCCUAUAGAAGACUUUCCCACCAAAAUUCUUCCGCAUAUUAAAAAAAGGGAAAUAAAAGUAAAGAGAUUUAACUAAUCAAUAACUUAAAGUACACGAAUGUACUAGCCUGUGCUCAGUAUUGUCGCUUCGGCACAAACCUUUCUUCGCCCUUGGGAAAUUAGGAGGCUUUAAGGAACGCGAGAUAGCGAUAGGUAAACCUCUCCCCGACUCGUUUUAAACCUUCCCGCGGGACGAAAACGCCUCCUCGCAGGCUAUGAAUGUACUCGAUUUGCACUCAGUAGGUUCUCCAUGAGUGAUAAACAAGUGGCACCUGCACUCCACCUAACCGUGACGUGAUCAUCUAUCCCAUUAGAAAUUUAAUAAGCCAAAGUUGUAAAAGAACCCUCUGCAUCGAAAAGUUUUGAAGUUUCUUGAAGUUUUAUAGCCUAUUAGCAACAGUAUCUUUACCAACAAUGCAGUCACGUUUUUUUUCGAAUUUCGAGACAACAAAUGCAUUUCGUAACGGCAAAUAAGUUUUUUGACACCUCGAAUAGUCUCAACUUAGCUAGUAAGUAUGUAGUGUACAGGGGCGAUUAAAGUAUGUAAAUAAUCGUAAUUUUUUGUCAUCAGUGUUUUGGUAUUUUUUUUGUUUUGUUUUAAGAUAUUAAGCUAAAGCACAUUUUUGUAACGAUUUUCUUUCUUCAUUUUUUAUUUUGAGGAAACAGAAAUAUACCAUAACAGUUUCGAAAAUUUCACUGUCUUGUCCCAUUCUUGCGGCCACUUACUUUUCCAGGCAGAAAAGUUUGAAACUGGACUCUAAAUUUCCCACUGAUAGCGGAAGUGUUUCCC